AAUGUCACGUGAAACUCCAUCAUGUGACUGACGGAAAGGCAAGAUGGCGGCCACGGGAGAGGAGGCUGCUGCGAUGGAUAGCAUCUCCAGAGUAGCUCCGGCCCAUCCUACCGUCCUCAGCCUGGGAGGGAGCUCCGAAACCCGGGGAGAGCCUGGCGAGACUGCUGCUGACGGCCAGGUUGUGCCCGCUGCGCCCAAGAAGCCUACCAGCAGCAGUGACGGUGGGGUGGAGACUGCAGAGGAGGCUGUAGAACCAGACAUCAAUGAGCUCUGUACAGACAUGUUCAAUAAGAUGGCGGUCUUCCUACAAGGAGAACUCACAGGCACCUGUGAGGACUACCGUCUGCUGGAGAAUAUGAACAAGCUGACCAGUCUGAAGUACAUGGAGAUGAAAGACAUCAGCAUUAAUAUCAGCAGGAACCUGCAGGACCUCAACCUCAAGUACGCCAGCCUCCAGCCCUAUCUAGACCAGAUAAACCAGAUUGAGGAACAAGUGUCGUCUCUGGAGCAGGCUGCUUAUAAACUGGACACCUACUCCAAGAAGCUUGAGGCCAAGUUCAAGAAACUGGAGAAGCGAUGAUGAAGAGUAAAUAUGGAAGAAGAAUAUAAGGAAAGGAGGAAGAGGGGUUGAUGGAGGAGGCCUGAGGGGGUACUGGUCCUCCUUCUCCCCGUCUGUAGACUAACCCAUUUGAUCUGAGGAAGCAAGACCCACAUCUUUACAACACCAGCCUUAUAUAGAGAGGUGUGAGGUAGCCUGGGGUUGGUUGGAGGGAUAUCCCAGAUGUUAGACCUAGUAUUAUAAUUUUUGUUGGCUCAUUAAAGUUGCUUGUAGAUGGGGCUUUGGGUUGUUUAUUGAGGCCAUAUUCCUGUUAGCAACAUUCCAGGCCGCUCUGUGUCGUCCUGUCACAAUGACAAUUUACUUCCUGGAUUUAGUGAAUUGACCCCUACCUUGGUGCACACUACCCUAGAAUCACCAACCUCCUUCUAACCUUGAAGUUACACAGCUAAGAAGAUGACAACUAAAUUCACUUUUCUACUGAUGGACUUUAGCGUCUUUAAAUGUUUUCCUCUGCUGGAAUCAUGAACUGAAUUCAAACCUUUUUUAUAAUCUUUAUAAUACUUUUUUGCUUGUGUAUACUAAUGUCCCUUAAAAGCAUUGCCAUACAUGUUUGAUUGCAGCAUGUGUAAAAUGUAUCUUCUGAAAACAUUCACUUUGAACUAAUAAUACAUCUGUGAAGGAAA